AUGCGCGGGGCUGUCGGUGCUGCUAUCAUGUUUCUGCGCUCUUUCUCCUUCUGCUUCUGUUUACUGCCGGCGGAGCUGCUCGCAAACCUGGCUCCAGAGUGUUAUCCCGGAGGGUACCGGACGUUACGGAACCCGUACCGCAGCGUGGACUUCGACUCCACAGAGCUUCAGAACACGGCCAUCCAGGAUCUGAUCUGCGACCACUCGCUGGAGCCGGGAUGGUACCGCUUCAGCAUCAACAACAAACCUGCAGAGAUGCCCACCAGCUGUGUGGAGAUGAACCGGUGCGGUACUCAGGCUCCGGUGUGGCUCUCUCUGAAGGACGUGUCUCUGCCCCGGCCCGGUGAGGUGAGGCAGCUCUCAGCCUGCGCCACCUGGCAGUUCUUCCACGGCAGCGCUAAAGACUGCUGUCUGUUCCGCAUCCCCGUCACCGUCCGCAACUGCGGACACUUCCUGAUCUACUAUCUGCAGCCCACGCAGGGGUGCAUGGGGUACUGCGCCAAAGUGGUGUCGGAGUUCACUCCUAAAGCCUGUCUGCCCGGCGAAGUGGAGGUCAGUGGAGUCUGUAAAGCUGUCGUCCCCCCGCUGUCCUCCAGGCCGGUGGUGACCGCUGAGCUAGUCGGCAGCAGUGUCCAUCUGCGGUGCUCGUACAGCGGAGUUCAGAGUGGCUGGCCGGUGGGAUACGAGGUGAUCUGGGGGCGCGUUUCCUCCAACAACAUGAAGGUGGAGGUGAGGAGGGACAGGACCACCCAGCUCUACUCCCGUGUGGAGAUGGACGGACUUCACUUCAGACUCGGAGAAACGUUCUCCUGCAGCGUCUCCACGUACCUGCUGAACUCCUCCAGCGUCCAGUCAUCGUCCAGGGAGAGCGGAGGAUUUUUUGCUGGGAUUAAGUUUGUUCCAGAUGUUCUACAGAUCCGUGAGGACGGUAAAGAACACACGCUAAGCGUGCACAGCACCGUACCGAUCUUCUGCUAUGGGUCAGAACCGAACCGCCCCUGCAGGCUGACCUUGCAGCUCAGCGUCCACGAGCCAGACAGUUUAGUAGCUGCGGCUCCAAACGUGGCUCUGUCGUCCUGCCAGCUGGAGCUGGUUUCUCAGCCGUGUCUCGAUGGUGUUUGUGCGCACGGUUCCGUUACCGUCACCGCGGUUACAGAUUUCUCUCGGGACGGGAACCGGCCAAGCCUCCUGAUCGCCCGGCCCACUGGAGUCGGCCCACGGCUCUGGAGAGGAUACACACCCACAGCCCUGAAGAUCACAGUGCAGGACGUCCCCACCAGCAGCUGUUACUCUCUCACUGAUCCUCAUGUCCUCACCUUUGAUGGCAGACGCUUUGAGAACCAGCAGACGGGGACGUUUGUGCUGUAUAAGGCAACCGGUCGAGUGUUCGAGGUUCACUCGCGGCAGUGGGACUGCGGCAGUCGGCACUAUCCCGUAUCCUGCACCUGUGGUCUGGCGGCGCGAGAGGGCAACGAGGUCGUGACCUUUGACAUGUGCAACGGCCAGCUGCAGGAGACACGCCCCCAGCUGUCCAUCAAAAGCCUGGGACCUGUCUCAACCAAUCAGGUCAAGAUUCAUGAAACGCAUCAGGGCAAAAAACUUACGAUCCUGUUUCCCUCGGGGGCGUUUGUGCGGGCGGACGUUGCAGACUGGGGAAUGAGCGUUUCCGUCAGAGCGCCGAGCCGAGACUUUAACAGAACCCGCGGCCUCUGCGGCACCUUCGACAGGAACACUCACAACGACCUCCACAGUCCGGAGGGCAGCAUCUACCAGAACAACGAGCUGGAGCACUUCAUACAGGACUGGAGGCUGGAUCCUGGGGAGAGCCUGUUUGACGGGGCGCCACCUGCUGAGGCCGAGCAGAUAACCAGGAGUUUCUGCGCCUGUCAGAGCGGAUACGGCGCUCAGAACGUCCAGGAAACGGCCGCUCCUCGCUGCCUCUCUCAGGACCACGUGGACCAAACCUCGCUGUUCCCCUCCAGAGACGCCACGGCCGAGUUUAUGGUCAUCUUGCCGGCUGUCCGGAGCGAUCUCACUGAGGAGGAGCUGCGGAUGGACUCGCUGUUUUACCCCGAGACCCCUCAGCUCAGCAGAGAGGCCGUUCCUGACCCCUCUUCUGGUCACAGGUAUAAAAGGCAGGACCGCCUUCAGGGUCUCCAGACUCUCGGUCACAUUGAUCUGGAGAAUCUGGCGUAUUUCUUUCCGGAUGACCACCUGUCCUCAGGCCGCCCAGCUGCCCGCCCCUCCUGGCCCACCCCUGGCGGCCUCACCUCCUCCAAAGCUCUGGAGCUGUGUCGGCUGGCUCUGGUGAACUCCACUGUGGGCGUGGCCUGCGGGCGGGCCCUGGGCCGGCGGCUGGAGGAGGCCGUGGACCUCUGCGUGCUGGACCUCCAGCUGAAGGACGACCUGGCCUGGGAGGACGCUCUGCUCCCCUUCCUGGAGAACGAGUGUGAGAGACGCUGGCUGGAGAACAGAGCCUCCGUGUCCGGUGCGGCGGUGGACGUGGCGAUGGCCCUGCGGUGUCCCAACCUGUGUAAUGGAAAGGGGAAAUGUAUGGAGUGGGGGUGCCAGUGCGAUUCGGGAUACAGCCACUACGACUGCAGCCUCACCAUCAGCCAGCCGGUGGAGCUGACCGACCUGGAGAACGGCGGAGUGUGUGAUGUCCGCGCGCUGGACUGCGACAGCGUGAGAGUGUUUGGACUCGGCUUCAUCGACUCGCCGAAGCUCACCUGCUUUGUCACCAAACUCACGCGUGUGAAUGAGGAGUGGAUUAGCGGAGAGGAGCAGCGAACCAAAGCCACCUUCCUGAGCUCCAAGGCUGUCGACUGCGCCAUCCCACGACUCAGCAACAUGGCCGUCGAAUCCCUGGACUUCCUGGCUGACGAACAGCCAUACGCAAGAUGGGAGAUAACGGUGUCUAAUGAUGGUGCUGUGGUCAGUAACGUGAAGGUGCUGACGCUGUAUGAUGGUGUUUGUCAGCAGUGUGUAGCGUCUCCUUCUGGACUCUGUCAGUUAAAGGACAGGACAUGUAACAUAGAGGGGAUGUGUUUCUCGGACGGAGAUGUUAGCCCGUCCAGCCCGUGUCUCCUGUGUAACUCCUCAGCAUCCAGAUACACCUGGACUAUUAAUCAAGCGAACCGUCCUCCCUCCUUCCUCCCCCCGAGGGACAACCUGCAGACGUUUCUUGGGGAGAAGUUUGUGUUCCAGCUGACUGCGGCGGACCCCGAGGGCUCGGCCCUGCUGUUUCAGCUCCAGGCCGGACCCCUGGGGGCCUCGCUCAGCCCGGCAGGCUUACUGACCUGGAGCGUCGACUCAGAGACCACCCACACCUUCAUCUUCACCAUCACAGACGAGUGUGACGCUCAGAGCAUGCACACUGUACAGGUGGGUGUGAGACCCUGCGGGUGUGUGAACGGCGGUACGUGUGUGACCAACGUGGACCGUCCGGCAGGCAGCGGCGAGUACCUGUGCGUGUGCCCUCCUGGUUUCCGUGGUGACGUGUGUCAGGAGGAGACAGACUUCUGCAGGUCGAGCCCGUGUGGAGCCGGAAUCUGUGUGAAUGCAGACAAAGGGUUCCAGUGCCAGUGUCCCUCCGGACUGAGAGGGCUGAUGUGUCAGGAGGACGUGGAUGAGUGCGAGAGAGAGGUGUGUUUCUCUGGCGUCCGCUGCAUAAACACCUUCGGCUCAUUCACCUGUGGCAGCUGCCCACCGGGUACACAUGGGAAUGGCAUCACCUGCACAGCUGACCAGGUCACUCCCUCUCCUCCCUCAGUGAGAGUGGUCAGCACUACGGUCGCUCCAGCUCUGUCCGGUCCAGCUCUCCUCUCUCCCUCUCACGCCGAACACACUGACCCUGAACUGACCCGGCCAGCGUCCAGCAGCGGACAGAAAACUGGCGAGUAUCCCUGCAUCCCUGUCACUGUGAAGAGCGUGAUGCUCCCACUGAUCCUGAUGUCCUCAUUCAGUCUGGACUGUCCACGGACGGUGGGGGUCGGCACUGACGGUGAGGGUGUGACGCACUCGGGGCAGAUUGGCCUGAACUUCCAGAGGAAGCUGCUAAUUACACAGUCACUUCCAGAACAGAGCUGGAGGCUCAGCACUCACUGUGUGUCUGAUCUGAGGAACGUGACGUCCAGGUGUGCGUCCAGGCCGUGUUUUAUGGGCGUCCAGUGCAUCGACCUGCGCCCGCCGUACGUCGGCUUCGUCUGCGGACGCUGUCCUCCAGGUUACCAUGGCAACGGACGCACCUGCACUAAACGCCCGAAUCACGCAAUUCCUCCUCUGAGCCCCAGCAGCGCCGGCCGCCUCGGAGACUCUCCCAAAUCUCCCCACCUUCACCUGCAGGUUCACCAACUUCCAUCUGCCCCUGCCCGGACAGCAGCCAAUCAGGUUCCCGAGACCAGGCCCCUCCCCCCGACCUCUGCACCAAUCACAGUGCAGAGAGACGCAGCGACGCUCCGAUUACGGCACAUGCCAGUCAGCCGGAGCCCCCCCUCCCCCUCCGGCGCGUCCGUCAGGGUCCUCAAGGGCGGAUUUGUUGGUGUUACGCCCAAAGUGACCCCGAAGGUGACGCUGCCUCUAGAGCGGAUGCCACGGCAACCGAGCCCGGUCACCAUCGCCCGCUCGAGGCCGCUGACCGCUGCGCUGACCGCCGUGACAUUUGCCCUCUCUGAGCCGGAGUUUUCUGCAGAUGGAGAUUUGGGGGUCCGUCUGGAGCCGGGGGACCCCCAACUACUGAACCAGGCAACCUUCACCACUGUGGGCAGGCAGACUCGUCCUGCGGAUCUGGGCGUCCACUCCAGCGUCCAGCACAGCCGGAACCCUGUACCUGCACAGGUGAAGGACAGGAGGGUCACCUGUGGUGAUUUCACCUGCUUCCCAGGUGUGCAGUGUGUGGGGGAGGGGUCUCUCAGGUGCGGCCGCUGUCCACUGGGCUACAUUGGAGAUGGGAGAUCAUGCAGAGCUGUAUGCAGGCACCCAUGCGCCAGGAACAUGGAGUGUGCAGCACCAAACACCUGCCGCUGUAAACAAGGAUACACCGGCCUGGACUGCCAAACAGCCAUCUGCAGCCCAGCGUGCCAGAACGGAGGAGAGUGUGUCGCUCCUGGAGUGUGUGAGUGCAGAGAGGGAUAUCACGGAGAAGCAUGUGAGAGAGCUCUGUGCAGUUCCCCGUGUCUGUAUGGUGGUUCCUGUGUGGGCCGGGACACCUGCUCCUGUCCCUACGGCUUCGUCGGACCCAGAUGUGAAACCAUGGUUUGUAACCGUCAUUGUCAGAAUGGAGGCAAGUGUGUAUCACCUGAUGAAUGUGAGUGUCAGCCAGGCUGGACAGGACCAUCAUGUGAGACUGCGCUGUGUGAUCCUGUGUGUCUGAACGGAGGUGUGUGUAUCCGGCCGAACUCCUGCUCCUGCCAGCACGGAUUCUAUGGGGCGCGAUGUCAGAAUGCUGUCUGCAGUCCGCCCUGUAAGAACGGUGGUGUGUGUGUGCGUAACGGUGUGUGUUCGUGUCCAGCAGGUUACUCCGGCACACACUGCGAGAAGAGUGUGUGUGAGCCGAUGUGUAUGAACGGCGGCAGGUGUGUGGGCCCAGGUGUGUGUGACUGUGUGUCGGGUUGGAGAGGGAGGCGGUGUGACAAACCAACGUGCCUUCAGAAGUGCCUGAACGGAGGAGAGUGUGUGGGACCGAACACCUGCCACUGUGGUCCAGGGUGGCAAGGAACACUGUGCCAAACACCGAUCUGUGAGCAGAAGUGUGUGUUUGGGAGUCGGUGCAUCAGGCCCAACGUGUGUGCCUGCAGGACGGGAUACACGGGCUUACUGUGUGAUAGGAAGCUUCCUAUUCGUCAAGGCUGAUGGAGGGGGCGGAGCCUGUAGUGAAGACACUGGCCACAGCUUGUUGCUUAGCGACCGGACUUAGAUUGCGCAUCUCACCUGUAAAUACCUGCAGAUGUAAAUUUAUGCGUAAGGGUAUAUGGUUUUAUACUUUUUUAACGUGUUUUUUAAAGUUUACGUUUAAACAGCAAGACUAAGCAGAACAUAUAUGUUUUCUAAUUCUGUAUAAAAGCAGCCAGACAUCUGUCUCGAUAGGAGAAAACACAGUAACACUCCAAACGUUUCAAUAUUUAUGCAUAAGUGAGCGUUUAACAUGAAAUCGGAGUGAUUCAGAGUGGUUUGGUGUGAAGUGGUUCAGAUGUCUUUACAGUGGUGGUGAUAGGA